CACGUCACUAGUUGUGUAGGGGAGUAUGGGCUGUGCUGUCAGCCCGAUGUCAGUCUGAUGAAGAUUGGCAUUCAGACUAUCAGAUAUUGGACUUGUGUAUAUCAGGUGGAGCUCACUGGAACAUUUCAAUGCUCUAAUGCUGAGGACAAAAUAACUGGUCUCCAUGUGAAGCUCUCCCAUGAUGCAACAUGUGCCUCCAGCACCAGCACUGACAAUGAUGGCCACACAGAGCGUCCCUCCACCAUCUUAUCAAGAGAGCCAACAGAUGACAGGCACUGCACAACAAAACACUAAGGCCCAGCAGGUCCACAUCUCAGCGGCGUCGGGUGCAGGGGCUGCCCCGCUCAGCGUGACUCUUGACCCGCAGGCCCAGCUGGAGUCAGACAAAAGGGCUGUUUACAGGCACCCACUGUUCCCACUGCUGGCUUUGCUGUUUGAGAAAUGUGAGCAGGCCACACAAGGCUCAGAGUGCAUCACCUCAGCCAGCUUCGAUGUCGACAUUGAGAACUUUGUGCACCAACAGGAGCAGGAGCGCAAGCCUUUCUUCAGUGAGGACCCCGAACUUGACAACCUGAUGGUGAAGGCGAUCCAGGUGCUACGGAUCCACCUGCUGGAGCUGGAGAAGGUGAACGAGCUCUGUAAAGACUUCUGUAACCGCUACAUCACUUGCCUCAAGACUAAGAUGCACAGUGACAAUCUGCUACGCAAUGACCUGGGCGGCCCAUAUUCACCGUCCCACACCAGUCUACAGCAGGAUAUGAUGCAGACUUCUUCUUCAUCACUCUCAUCUGUGUCAAGCUCAGUUAAUUCUUCAGGCAUUGCAGCCUGCUCUCUGCCUCAGAGCAAUGUCAACAUGACCAGUAUCAACUCACAGGUGGUGUCAGGUGGGGCCCUGUAUCAGCCGGUUGCUAUGGUGACGUCUCAAGGACAGGUGUUAACCCAGACUCUACAGCAGGGGACCAUCCAGCUCCAGAACACACAGGUGAACCUGGACCUCGCCUCACUCUUGGACAACGAUGAUAAGAAGUCGAAGAACAAGAGGGGUGUCCUUCCCAAACAUGCCACAAAUAUCAUGCGCUCCUGGCUCUUCCAGCAUCUCAUGCACCCUUAUCCUACAGAAGAUGAGAAAAGACAGAUUGCCGCACAAACUAACCUCACCUUAUUACAAGUAAACAACUGGUUUAUCAAUGCACGCAGGCGUAUUCUACAGCCCAUGCUCGAUGCCAGUAACCCUGAUCCUGCCCCUAAAGCCAAGAAGAUGAAAUCACAGCACAGACCCACACAGCGUUUCUGGCCUGACUCCAUCGUGGCUGGUGUGCUGCAGACACAUGGCCCUCAUUCUGCUAACAAUUCAGACAGUUCCCUGGGCAUGGACAGUCUUCAGCCUCUCUCCUCUGACUCGGCCACUCUGGCCAUGCAGCAGGCAAUGUUGGCAGGAACUGAGGAUUCCAUGGAUGGCACAGACGAUGAAGAAGAAGAAGAAGAAGAGGAUGAGGAAGGAAUGGAGGAUGAGGAAGAAGAUGAAGAAGAAGAAAGACAUCUGUCUGUCAGGAGAGAUCUGCGCCUUGAUCACAGCGAGGGACUGGAAUAGAGACAGAUACAGGAAAUGACAUCACUGACCUGACACGUUUUACACCAUACCCCAGAGGACACUUAAGUGCUUUGGAACUUUGAAUUAGACAAGGGAGGAUUGCAAAAAAAAAAGUGAGCUGUGAAUGACAAUAAUUACUGCAUUUAUUUGUACAAUUUAGGGAAAUUACUGAAUGCACACACAUUGACCAUAUGUUUAAAUGUUAUAUACUGGGAGAAUAAAUAGAAGCUUUAGUUAUAUUAAUAAAAUCCUCUGCGUAAUGUUGGUCCUAAUAGGUUCAUGAAUGACCUUAUUUUGUCCCACACAUUUUUUUUAGGUAAAACUCACAGCAUGAUAUUUUUUAUACAUCAUUAACAGGAAAAGCUGUCAUCCAUUUUGCCAGGUGGCUUUCUGGGCAUGAGUUUUCAAAUUGUGAUACUUUGCUAGCACCAGGAUUCAAUACUGAGUUUGAAAAUUUUUUUUUUUUAAGGGGGGGGGGCAUUGUAAAAGACCUGACAGCACAAAGUACACACCUUAGACUAUGAUGCAUUUGCGCAGUUGCUUGAUAUUUAUGUUUUAGGUUUUCAAUCAACAAUGUUGCACUUGGGAGGAUUCUCAUUUGCCUGGAUGAUGCAAUUCUGAAUGGCACUGAAGGCCAACUGCCUGGAACUUGCAACCUGCAAACUUUUCUCCUCAUGACAAAGAAAAUAUGGAGAGAGACAACAUGGCACAUUAAGCAUUUCAUUUAUGGAGGAAAAUAAACCAGUGGGUCCUUCCAGGCCUCAGAUUUCCUCGUGAUGUUGAAAUACUAAAGAAAUACUGCAGGAAGGAAAACAGUUUUACUGAGCAUUUCAGCUGCUGGAAACCCUCUGUGUAUUUUUCUGUGAAAGACAGAAACUGUGAAGAUAUUCCUGAGUGGCUUGGGUUAAAUCAAUCUCCAGAAUAAAGCAGCUGUUUCUGGUGUGAUGUUUAGAGAUGAGAGAAGCUGUUAUUGAAUGUUAUUGGAGUUGGUCUUGUGAAGUAUGUUUCUCAUUAUCUUUUUCUUGGUUGUUUUUAAAUGGUUCUUCCAGAGCAAGUAAUGAUAGGGGAAAAUUUUUAUUUUGUUUGUACACAUUGUUGUCACAAUCUAUUGUGUUUCAAUAGACCAUUUUUUGAUAAUUAAAAGAGAUGAUUUUAGUG